AGAUACCGUUUGACAACAAGUUCUUUGCCUUGCAGAGUGCGAUCGAGAGGUGUUUCAGUCGGUUGAAAGGAAUGUAGCGGUGCUUCAGCCGAAAACACAUCGCCAACAUGGCGAACGUGUGUCUUCAAUUCUUUGCAUGUUGCAUUCUGCACAACAUCAUCAUCGAUGUCGGUAUCCCUAUGGACAAGGAGUUCCUACGAAGGAGGGGUGAGGAAGAAAGUGGGGAAGAGGACAACGACGACAAAGAAGAAGAGGUUGCGGAUAUGGACGACAACAACAAAGAAGAGGCCGCGGAUAUGGAUGACGACAACGAAGAAGAGUCCGCGGAUAUGGACGACUUUAACGAGGCCGCGAAUAUGGAUGACGACAACGAAGAAGAGUCCGCGGAUAUGGACGACUUUAACAAAGAAGAGCUCACGGAUAUGGAUGACAACAACGAAGAAGAGCCCGCAGAUAUGGGCGAUGAUGGCACCGAUCUUCGACGCGAAGGCUCGAUAUUGUACGCUAGCCAUCGACAUGGGCAGGAUGCAGCCGAGGUUCUGCGUGGCCAUGUCUAGCGCCACACUCUCCAUAUAGCUCGUGUGUUUGGGCCGAAUGUCAGUAGGCACGGUCCAUAGUCGGAGACACACACACACACACACACACACACACAUACACACACACACACACACACACACAGAACGUGUCCGACAGUGCUUGUGAGGAGACAACAAUCCCCCAAUCUUUUUGAUGGGUUCUUCAUCAAUGUGAGUGUGACUGGUGUUUUUUUUCCAAGCAGUUAACACUUGAAAAGAAAGUACAUGACAGAAGCUCUCUCUGUCUCAUUUUUUUUUUAUAUAGUGUAGGUGCAUGUAUGUGUGCUCGUGUUUGUGUGUCCCAUGGGAACAGUAAAUGACGUGGGAGCCA